GAUCAGCCCCAGGGUGUGCCGGAGGAUUCCAGGGAAACCUCGGGGCACUUUAGAAACCAGGUGAGCGGAGGGAAGCGCAUUCCUGCUCGGCUACGUCGGCACAGGCAUCUGUGGGGCUGAUCCAUCCGGUGGGAUGGGGCUGGCUCAGCCUCCUGGGGAGAGGGACACGCCUUUAGGGACACCUGGCAGGUCCCAUGGGGUAGCGAGAGCAGGGUCCGGCUGCACAGGGACCCUGCUGCCACCCUGCUCUUUGGGAAAGGUCCCAUCUGGCCACACCAGCCCUGCCAGGGCGGUGCCUGCAAGUUCCUGUAGGCUGGAGAUACGGAUGAGCUGUUGCAAAACUAUUACUAAGGCAAAAUCAUUUAAAAAGUGGGUUACAAUUGCGUAAUCUGGGACUCUCAGCUGGGCCCACGGCUGGGGGACGGUGCGAGGUCUCUGCCGGGUCUGCGGUGCCCAGACCAUCCCUGCAGGGGAUGGGACAUCACCUGGAAGGAGCUGCUGGCAUUUCCCGUGAAGGAAUCCGUCUGUGCUGAUCUCCCCGCGGGGUCUGACCUGCCCCUUGUUGUUCAAGCCGAGCGUGUGUGUGCAUGUGCGCAGCAAGAGCCUCUCCAGGAGCUGUUUGCCAGACUCACCCAGUUACUGGGAACCAAACCAACCACCCUUCCCCUCCCCUCGCACGCUCAGACAAAUCCUGGGUGUGCAGGAGGGCUGCGCCUCGGAAGGAGCUUCCCCGCUCGGAUCCGAACGCCUUCCUCUGGCUUCCCCACCUGGGCAGCCCCGGGGCACCGCCGUGCACCGGAUGAGAGGACCCUGAUCACCAGCUUGCCAUCGCACCCUGGCUAUGCCCCGAGCUGGACUCUCCCCACCCCACAGCCCCCGCUGAGCGGGGAAGGAGCCUGAGCCUCCUCCAGGUCGGGUGACCCCGGUCUCCCUCGGCCGCCAUGGACUGGAAAACGCUGCAGGCGCUGCUCAGCGGGGUCAACAAGUACUCCACAGCCUUCAGCCGCAUCUGGCUCUCCGUGGUCUUUGUCUUCCGUGUGCUGGUCUACGUGGUGGCAGCUGAGCGGGUCUGGGGUGACGAGCAGAAGGACUUUGAUUGCAACACGCGGCAGCCGGGCUGCACCAACGUGUGCUAUGACCACUUCUUCCCCAUCUCCCACAUCCGCCUCUGGGCCCUGCAGCUCAUCUUUGUCACUUGUCCUUCCCUCCUGGUCAUCAUGCACGUGGCUUACCGGGAGGACCGCGAGAGGAAGAACCGGGAGAAGAAUGGAGAGAAUUGCCCCAAGCUCUACAGCAACACGGGCAAGAAGCACGGCGGGCUGUGGUGGACCUACCUGUUCAGCCUCUUCUUCAAGCUUAUCAUAGAGAUCCUGUUCCUCUACCUCCUCCACAAGAUGUGGGACAGCUUUGAUUUGCCACGGCUGGUCAAGUGCACCAACGUGGAUCCCUGUCCCAACACCGUGGACUGCUACAUCGCUCGGCCAACCGAGAAAAGGGUCUUCACCUAUUUCAUGGUCGGAGCCUCCUCCAUCUGCAUCAUCCUCACCGUCUGUGAGAUCUUCUACCUCAUCUUCAAGCGAGUUGUCCAGAGGACAAGGAAGUGGAGGAAAUCCACCAAGCGCUCCGUCAGCUACAGCAAGGCCUCCACCUGCCACUGCCACGUCAAGUCAGAGGAGAAGGACAGCAAGUCCCAGCCUAGAGGAGAAGAGCCGUGAGCUCACCCGUCCCAGCCGGUUCACAUUCCCCCCAACUUGGCUUUUCCAGCAUGCCAAAUCCCCAAACCAUCAAGAGUCGACCUGUGUGAAAAAUGACUAAACCAAACCAAGUAAUGUCCCUGGAGAGAGACCCACGGGUGCCUGAGCAGACACAGGUAAGGAAGGGCAGCCCUGGAGCUCUGCAGGCAGCGGUGCCACAAGCAUGGACUUCACAGCAGCACACAGAUCUCUGUGUCCAGCAGCUUCCUUGGGUCCUGCAGCUCUGCUGCUCUGUGAGUGCACCAGCUGGUGCCCAGCCAGGGCUGGUGUCACCCAGUGUGUGCCAGUCCUCCCAGCUCCCUGUGCCACACACACACACAGUGCCAAGCACUGCUUUCUUUUGUACCAAGAAACCAAAGGAAUUCUGGGCUCUAUGGCCAGAGCUCUCUUCAUGCACCCAAUGUAAUGACAGAGGACUAGGGCUCCAGGCUGUUGGCAACUGUUCUGCUGGCCCAGUUUGCCAUUCCUGGGGCAGGGGAGCUUCUCCCCCUUGGCUCACACAAGCACCAAGCAAUGUCCUGCCCAAAUGCCUUUGCUGGCUUUGCUGCUUCCCUUGGUGCCCCUGUGCCCCUCCUCACCUCAGAUGCACAUGGCACACACUACUGAUCCAAAAGGUCAAUAAAUGUCACGUUUGGAGACACCAAAAUCUGCUCUGCAUGCUGGAAAUCAGGGGACUGGUGAGGGCAGAAGAUUUGCAGAGGUUUCUCAGAGCCUGCAGCCAGGUCAUUCUCCUCUGCCCGAGCUGAGCAUCGGUCAAGCUCACAGCCGAGCUCACGUCCGCCCGUUCCGCCUCUCCCAGCUUGUCACGCGUCGUUAAACUUUAAUUCAGCAGAACCGCACGCUGGCCCCCAAGGAAAUCAAGGAGGGAUGAGCAUCAAUUAUUUACUAAACCUUGAUAAAUAUUACAAUAAAUAGAAAUUAUUUCCAUUUAAUCUCUCCUUAAGUAGCACUAGCGGAGGGUCUGCUGUUCCCAGCUCCAGUCGGUCUGCCCGCGUUUCACAACCCCCGACAGCAAAGGCAAAGCUCGGUCUGGAACCUGCGGGGGAUUUUCCGGCCGGGCUCCAGUGGGGCUCAUCCCGAGAGCCGGGGGGAUGCAGGAUCGCAGCCGGGCUCCGGUGGGGCUGAUCCCGAGAGCCGGGGGGAUGCAGGAUUGCAGCCGGGCUCCGGUGG